GUGUGUGUGCGUGCGUGUACAUAGGGGCGAAAGUUAACGCGAGCUUUGGCUGGCAAUUCGUGGUGACGAAAAGUGACGGAAAAGGUCGGGACCGCGAUAGCACUGGGUUUUGGCCGCAAAUAGUUAAGAAAUAGCUGACGGGAGCGUAGAUUGAAAAGUUCCAUCAACAGCAGAGAAGCAGCAGUGUGUUUGUGUGCGUUAAUGUUUCUUUAGCGACGGAACCUCGGCCGCCUACGAUAAAUUCUCCCGCACAUUCAACACGAGCGCCCGGUGGUCCCCCCGCGUGGCAGUGUGCAAAAGUGAAGUUAGAGUCCGUAGACAACCGAGCAGUGGUGGUGGUGGUGUGUUUGGGACGUUGUAGAGAGUUUCGCAUUCGGUGGAGCGAGAAAGAGAGAUUAGGUUUAUUAGUUAACUAGUGGCGCGCGCCUGUGACACAUUCCAUUCCUUCCCUCCUUUAUAUACAUACACACUGUUGGACGGGCGCAAUAAAAUUUGGCCCUACUUACCCGGUGUACAGAAGCAACUAUCUAAAAGUAACCAAACCGGCUCAAACACAACAACAUCGGAAGCGAUCCAUAUCCUUCGAUAGUGAGAGUAAAAAGUGUGUAACGAAAGGAUAAACUCUACAAAGCAACAAAAUGGGGAACGUGUUCGCUAACCUGUUCAAAGGAUUGUUCGGCAAAAAGGAGAUGAGAAUUCUGAUGGUCGGAUUGGAUGCUGCCGGUAAAACCACGAUCCUGUAUAAACUAAAAUUAGGUGAAAUUGUUACAACGAUUCCUACAAUUGGUUUCAACGUGGAGACUGUAGAGUAUAAAAACAUUAGUUUUACGGUUUGGGACGUUGGCGGCCAGGAUAAGAUUCGGCCCCUGUGGAGGCAUUACUUCCAGAACACACAAGGACUUAUCUUCGUUGUCGAUAGCAAUGAUAGAGAGCGUAUCGGCGAGGCCCGGGAAGAACUGAUGCGAAUGUUGGCCGAAGAUGAGCUCAGAGAUGCUGUUCUACUGAUAUUCGCAAACAAACAGGAUCUACCAAACGCGAUGAAUGCGGCAGAAAUCACCGACAAGCUAGGACUACACUCGCUAAGAAACCGCAACUGGUACAUUCAGGCCACUUGUGCAACUAGCGGCGACGGACUGUACGAAGGACUGGACUGGCUUUCCAACCAGCUGAAAAACGCAAACCGCUAAAGUAAGAGGAGUGCAAGCUGCGCCCCUUAGGCUCGCCCGGCGCACGUAAGCAAAUUUAGCUAUUAGCAACAGCAGCAAAAACAACAACUACAAGUAAACUACAAAUACACAAAACUGAGAAGCAGAAAACCAACAGGCAACAAACAUCCAUUUGACCGACGAGAGAAAGGACAUGGAAAGGAAUUAAUAGUAGAGAGAUAGAGCUCAGCGUGUGUGUGUGUGUGCGCGCGCGCGCACGUGCACGUCGCCGACGUGUGUUGUCGUCAUCCAUCAUACUGUCGUCGCACCUUCCCCCCCGACGACGGCACGAGAGAGCGCUUGAUCGAGUUUAUUCAGGUUUUUUUUUCGGCAAAAGAAAGCAGAAGGAUCAUGGAACAGUAUAAGAAGCUUAUAGUGUGUGCAGGAAGAGAUGCAGAGGGCGGUAGGGCGGUAGUGUAGCGGGACUUUCUUCAGUUCAUCGGAGUGUGGUGGAUGGGUGUUUUGUCGUUGCACUUGCGAGUGGGCUUGUGAGAGAGUGUGUGUGUGUGUUUGUGUGUGUGUACAUGUUAAUGUGUUGGUUAGCUCAUGAGACAGGAAGAAGAGCAAUAUUUUCCAGUGGAAUGUUUAUUACGCUUUCCUUUUUGUCCUCAAGUGUGGCGGAGAUGUACUUGAAGGAGUAUUUGAGUGCUCAACAGCUACUAUUGAAACAUGAACGACCUAUAUGAUGUCUGGAAAAAAUAAUCUAAUAAUCAAGCGGAAAGUGGAACAGGUUAGGCUUUGACGCUAAGAAAGUACAUACAGAGAAACACUUAACAUUAACACGAUUACACACACACACAUACAUUUACACACUUGCUGCACACGUACACCCAACUUACCCACGGACAGCGAACGGGAAAGACGCGGACACUGAAACUAAGCUUAGAGUGUACGGGCUAGACGAAGGAAGAGCGAGCGAGAAAGGAUAAAAAUGAUUAUUUAACCAGGCAAUGUAACAAUAAGAGAGCGCAUUAUACACAUUAACAUAGACGCAGACAAACACACACACACGUACACACUCACACGAUUGGAAGGAGGUUUUGAUAAGGGCGCGAGAAUAGGCAAUGCGUCGUGUGUGUGUGUGUGUGGCAGGCAGGGUACGAAGGUGUGGAAACAUUUAAAGGAUGAAAUAUAAGCCUCCUCAAAAGUGCGUGCGCGCGUGUACACUCCUUUCUCUGUUGUAGCAUGUAACAACGUACUCGAACGUGUAACAUCCAUCGCAUGACCUGUCUCCCCAACACUUGUGGGACGAAACCGUGCGCGUAUAGUCAAUACCGCAUUAUUAUUUUCGUCCCCAAGUCCACGUUGCAUGUGCAAUUAUCAAUGCUUUCCCUGCGGUUUUCCGCUCGGAAAGCGGAAAGACAAACGACUAAAGACAGCACAUAGACAUACACACUCUUUCACACACGACUAUAAUUACAGCAAGGAUAAAACUGGUGACAUUCACAAACAUCGAUGAGGAGACUCUAAAGACAUGAAUGGGGAAGGACAAUACCACGCGCCACGCUCCACUGCUGCUGCUGCUGCUUGCUUGCGGAAGAAACGUGGGGUGAAUGGAAAUAUAUAUGUAUAAUUACAGAUAAUGAAACGAUGUUUAGGUAAACAAAAAGCAAAAGAAGGAAGGAACAAUUGCAACUAAUAAUAAAACGGGAGAUCACAACAAACAAACGAAAAACUGCAAAAGUAAAACAAUAUGCGAAUCUGGGUACGAAGUGUGCCUGCGCUCGCUCACAUGACGAUGUGCGUGUCUGGGGCUGUUGGUAAUACCCGAUUUUGAACCAUUCCGUUCGGGCCUAUCAGUCACCAGCACUGCAACCACCAUAUAAAAGGACACUUAGCAUAAUGUAAACCCCAUUGUACCCGACACUCCCCCGCUCUCCCGGGGUUUGACAUGAUGCGCACGAUAUCGAUCAUCUUUCAAUCUUUUGUGUGCGCGUUGCAUCGCUCGGGAGCGCCACGCCACGUCGUUCAUCUCAAAUUCUAAACAGUUACACACAUUACCAUCAACAUACUACUUAUGCAGCGACAGUGGCGACAGUUGUGGCCACCAGAAACCACAAAGAAGUGAAUAACCGUGCGCCCGAUUUGCUUCCGCGGGACGAACGGUGGGACAGAGUUACGUUAGCUCCUUUCUUGUUUUGGUAUUUUGUUUUCGUUGGCAAUUCAGUUUUGCUUCGAUUGUUUUGCUUGUUCACUUGCUGGCGUGCAGACGUAAUAAUACUAUUAGACAAACGUGUUGAAACCGGGCAACCAAUUAUAACCCCACACACACACACACACUUCUGUUGGGUGUGUGUACUACAGUGCAACAUGCAGAAUUGAUGGAGUUGCAAGAUACAAAAAAAAAA